AUGAUGCACGUGCGGCCCCGCAGCCCCAGCGUCGACCCCGAGCCCUGCUGGCCACCUCAGCCACAAGGACCCAGCCCGGCCAAGCGCCGCCGCCUCCACGAGCCCGCCCGCCACGAGCCCCUGGCGCCGCCAGACAUGGAAGCGCCCGCCGGACCCGCCAGCGACGCGCUCACCUCCGUGGUGUUCCUGGCCGCCGGCUGCGCCAUGCAACUGCAGCUGGAAGACGUCGACCUGCUGCUGGAGCCCGAGCCCACCUCGGUCCUGCAAGUGUCGCUCCCUGGACACACCUUAAUCCUCGUCCCCGAGGGCCUCCAGUCUUCCGCCCAUCUUGGACAGCCUGGGUUCUGGUCCGCCAGCCCGCAGGAGGCGACUCUCCUGGAAAUGCCCCAGGGCCACUUCAUCGUCCUCCCACAGGGAUCCUUCUGUGAGUACGUCUUAGACAGUUCCUACCAAGAGGACGCCUGUGAUGAAGAUGCAGACUUGGGCUUCCUGUCACCUUGGAUGGAUCCUCCAGCAGGUCAGGCCUCUGGGCUCCUUUCCUCCAUCAUUAGGAUGCCCAGUCCUUGGCCUCAGGGCCGCAUCACAGAGCCACAUGCUCCGAUGGCCUCCUCUAAUGCAGAGCGAUAUUCUUCCAGGUCUAUCUGGGACCUGGACAGCUACCUGCUGGGACCCUUCCCUAGCUCACCGCUGCAGCCUCUGCCUCCAUCUCCUCCUCCGAGUCCUCAAGAGCAGCGCCCUCCACACCCUCCACACUCUCCACGGGCCCCAUGCAAGGCCCGGAGGCGACUGUUCCGUGAAUGAACUGCCCCUCACAAAUCCUUGAAGCCCUGCAAGCGAAAGGCUUCCCAAAGCCAUUUGCACAGUCCACAAGGCUAGAAGGACACUCUUGUUUUUGAAAUGGGCAGAAUGCAGAAUAUUGGAUUGGUGGUUGGCUAGAAAGUCUGGAAGAAAGAUCCAUCGCUGCCAGAUCACAUCCUGUUUAAAAAUCACCUACUUUGGGACCUUGAAUUGACUGCUUAUGCCCUUUUCUAUACAGAAGUCACCCUUAAGUAGUCUUGUCCUUGCAGUCCUGGUUUUGCCCCAACUUUCAGUUUUACUCCAGCGCUUUUCCUUAAAAUUCCGCCCUACCAUUCACCCUUUCCCCAAACUUAAUUACUUGAAUUAAUUAGUCAUUAGUAGUGAAAAUCGUUUAUGUUAUGAGCUUUAGCACUAAUCUCUCCUCCUCUGUACCCACUUUUUUGCCAUGGUCCCUUUCCUUCCGGAGGCUAUUCCUCACUUGGGAGAAUCUAGCAAAUGGUUGCACCUCACGGAUGCUGUUCUUUAUGAAAUAAAUUUAGCAAGGAAAGCAAUGAUCAUGUUCUUUUUUUAAUAAUUAAGAAGUAGUUUAUGUUGGUGGGGCUUUUGUUUGUUUGGGGGCUUGUUUAGACUUGACUUUAGAAGGAGUUGGGUUUUCUUUCUCGUUUUCUUUCCACAAACACCAAAUCUUUUGAUAUCAUUUUCUGUAUUUUUAAUAUAGUUCUCUUGUUCUGGAGGUCAUAAUUCUAAUGUUAUGAUAAUUAGUUAUAAGACUAUAUUGUUAGAAUAAUUAGAAGAUCCCAAAUUUAUGUUGUUCAUUGUUACUAUUGUAUAGAUAUGUCUUAUGUUGAUUUGAUAUCCAACAAAAUUUAUUAAUUGCUUUAGUAAUUUUAUGUACCUUCUUUUGGAUGGUUGAUUAAAAAAAACUAAUGAAAAAAUUAGGGCCCUUAACACAUCUAAAACAUCUUAUUUUUCCUUAACAU